AUGAUCAAAGUAACUCCAUUAGGUGCAGGUCAAGAUGUUGGUAGAAGUUGUAUAAUAAUAAAUAUAGGAGAUGAACGUACUGGAAUAAAAACCAUAAUGUUCGAUUGUGGUAUGCAUAUGGGUUUUAAUGACCAAAGAAGGUUUCCUGAUUUUUCAGAAAUUUCUAAAACUAAUAGAUUCACUGAAGAAUUGGAUUGUGUUAUAAUUAGCCAUUUUCAUUUAGAUCAUUGCGGAGCACUUCCAUAUUUUACAGAGAUGUGUGGUUAUGAUGGACCAAUUAUAAUGACAUAUCCAACAAAGGCAAUAUGUCCUAUAUUACUUGAAGAUUAUAGAAAAAUAACAGUGGAACGAAAGGGGGAAACCAAUUUUUUUACUUCAGAAAUGAUCAAAGAUUGUAUGAAGAAAGUCACAGCAGUAAAUCUUCAUCAAACAAUAAAAGUCAAUGGCGAUGAUGAUUUAGAAAUUAAAGCAUACUAUGCAGGUCAUGUGUUAGGAGCAGCAAUGUUUUAUGUUAAAGUUGGAUCACAUUCAGUAGUCUACACUGGUGAUUAUAACAUGACACCAGAUCGCCAUCUUGGUGCAGCAUGGAUUGAUAAAUUACGACCAGAUUUAUUGAUAAGUGAGUCAACAUAUGCCACAACCAUACGUGAUUCAAAGAGAACUCGUGAACGUGACUUUUUAAAAAAAGUACAUGAUUGUGUCUCGCAAGGUGGCAAAGUCCUAAUACCAGUGUUUGCUCUUGGCCGUGCACAAGAACUUUGUAUUUUGAUAGAGACUUAUUGGGAAAGAAAUAAUCUUGAUGUCCCAGUAUAUUUUUCAGCCGGGAUGACUGAAAAAGCCAAUGAUUACUAUAAACUUUUUAUAAACUGGACCAAUGAAAAAAUAAAAAACACAUUUGUUCAUAGGAAUAUGUUUGAUUUUAAAUAUAUUAAGCCAUGGGACAGGCAAUACACAGAAUUACCAGGUCCAGCAGUAUUAUUUGCAACACCUGGCAUGUUACAUAUAGGCACAUCAUUGGAAGUAUUUAAAAAAUGGGCAAAUAAUCCUAAAAAUAUGGUAAUUAUGCCUGGAUAUUGUGUUGCAGGAACUGUGGGCGCAAAAGUUCUUAAUGGUGACAAAGAGGUACAAGUUGAUGCGAACACCAAGAUACAAGUCAACCUACAAGUGAAAAAUUUGUCAUUUAGUGCACAUGCAGAUGCAAAAGGAAUUAUGCAAUUGAUCAAACAGUGCGAUCCAAAAAAUGUGAUAUUGGUUCAUGGAGAAAAGGCUAAAAUGGAAUAUUUACAAGAUAAAAUCAUUCGUGAAUGUAAUAUAUCUUGUUUUUCACCUGCAAACCAUGAACGAUUAACAAUUACAACUCCACUUGUUACACCAAUAAACAUUUCUAUUGAUUUACUUAAACGUCAUAUGGUUUCACAGAAACUUUCAUCAAAUAUUCAUAGCAGUAAUGGUGAUGGAAAUGAUAUUGACAUAUCAAAAAUAAAACCGGUGGAUGGUACUAUGAUUCAAGGUGUUCUUACAAUUGAACCAAAUAAAAUACCAAGGUUGAUGGAUGCAGAUGAGGCCAUUCGUGAUGUGCAUCUACCUUUGCUUGACUUAUCUUUUGAUUUUUUGAAACAGUUUGAUCCUAAAAAAAUGGAUCAGAAAAAAACAUCAUCACCAUCUAUACUUUCAGAAGAUAAUGAUGUUCGUAUUCAUGCAUUAAAUCAUGUAUAUAAUGCUAUAGAACAAGCUAAAAAUAAAGCACUGCCUGGUACUACAGUCAUAUUUAAAGAUCAAACACAAAUAAAAAUCAGAAGUAUGGUAAUCAGUAUACCUGGAUCUUCAGAAGGUAGCUUAAUCCACUCUUUAAAAAUUUCAUGGAAUUAUUGUGAUGAUAAUUUGGCAAAUUAUCUUAUGGGUAUAAUAGAUGAUACUCUUCCUGAUGUUGAUGAUUAA